UUUGGAUAGAGACUUUAGACCUCCACUAAAAUGGCAGAGAAAAUCCCUCAGCUCAAGAAUUUCCUGACUUGCAGCGUGUGCACUGAGAUCUUCAGGGACCCGGUGUCUCUAGGCUGUCACCACAGCUUCUGUUACAGAUGUCUCCAGGACUUCUGGGCCCAAGCUGAGAACAAGAACUGUCCCAUCUGUAAGAGGAAAUCCUCAAAUGAUGCAGUCGUUAACUUUUCCAUCAAAGAGCUCGCUGACUCCUACUCUGGAAGCCAGAGGUCUGGCCCCUCUGAUGAGGCCCAGGUGGACAAAAGGGGGAGACACCACAAGCUGAAGCAGCAGCUGAGACCUGACCUCACGGCUCUACAGGCCAGGAGGAGCAGACACCAGGAGCUGGAGGAGACGUAUGAGGCCAUGGUUCCUCACCUCAAGGUACAGCGGGUGAAGACCGAGAGGCGGAUCAGAGCAGAGUUUGAACAGCUUCACUGGUUCCUGAGAGAGGAAGAGGAGGCCAGAGUGGCGGUCCUGAGAGAGGAAGAGGAGCAGAAGAGGAAGAGGAUCCUCCUGGAGAGGAAGACCCUUCCUCUCCAGCGCUCCCGGACCUGCGCCAGAGCCCUGCUCUCCGGUUCUGAUCCCCAGCUGCUUCCUGGAGCGCUGCUGGACGAGGCCAAACACCUGGGAAACCUGGCCCACAGAGUCUGGGAGAAGAUGGGGCAGAGGACCACCUUCAGCCCCGUUACUCUGGACCCAAACACUGCAUCACGCUCACUCUCUCUGUCUGAUGAUCUGACCAGCGUGAGAGUUAGCGAUGUAAUCCAGAAGGUUCCUAACAACCCAGAGAGGUUCACUAUGUACCGUGAGGUUCUGGGUUCUGAGGGCUUCAGCUCAGGGGAACACUGCUGGGAGGUGGAGGUGGGAGACCUUCCUAGCUGGACAAUAGGUGUUGCUAAAGAGUCAGUGGAGAGGAGAGGAGAGCGUACUGCUACAGCAGCUAAUGGAAUCUGGUGUUUACUCCACCGCAGUGGAAAGUACACUCGGUGUACUGGUAAAACCCUGACAUUGAAGAGGACUCCAGAGAGGAUCAGAGUCCAGCUGGACUAUGAUGGAGGGGAGGUGUCCUUCUACGACCCUGAAGACAUGACUCUCAUCUACACCCAUCAACACACUUUCACUGACAACAUCUUCCCUUACUUUAGUCUUGGAGCAGCAGGUGAAGCCCGGACCAAAGAUGUUAGAGUGUGUGGUGUCUCCUCUGGCACUCAGCUCUAGAUGACCUGCUUCCUG